AUGACGAUGCUACUAGAAGAGCCUUGCAGGACAUUGACUCCAAGCUUCCUUGGUCACCUUGCUGGUCAACUUGGCGCUUUUGUUGGUGAGAGUGAGAGUGUUAAGAAAGCUGUCAAGAAUGCUAUUAUCGCUGUUUUCGACAUUUAUCCGCACCUUAAAAAUGACCUAAAUGAUGUUUACAAUUCUCAUGUUACUACCCUUUCUGUGUCUGACAACUCUGCUGACCAGGCUGGUGACACCGCGAAAAUUAGUGAGCUUAAUAAGCAAGUAAAGAAAGAAAUUACUGAAACUGAACAGCGUAUUAAGAGCCUUAAUAACCAUCUUAAUAAUCUUCCUUCUUCCCCCUCUCCCUCUGCUGAGCUAGCCAAAUUGCAGUCCAAGUUGGACGCUUUGAGGAAAGUGAAUGAGCUUUGUGGAUUUUAUGUAAAUGUUAGUAAGCCUUCAAAUGAGCCUAAAAACCUCUUAGAUAAUUUAUGUUCCGGCCUUCAGACUUUCCUCGGCUUCAACAAAGAGUCCAAAGGCUACGACGGCAGUGGCAUUGUGUACUCUGACUUGGAUAGGCUGUGUGACGGGGUGAUGGCGUUUUUGAGUGGUGUGCUUGGUGCGGUGAAAGAUGAUGAAGCAGUUAAAACGUACGAUAAUAUGAUGAGUAAUAAGCUUGAAAAGGUACUAGAAGAGGUAAAUAAAAAAAUUGGCUCCGGGCGUGAAGGGCUUGCGGUGUCUGUCGCCGCGGUGAAGGAGUGGUUGGAGGGGUAUGGGAAUAAAGUAGAUGAAAAAACAAAUAAUGUCAUUACGAACUUAAAAACACUUAGAACUAACAUAAAUUUUAAUAUUAGUGAGCUUAGUAAAUUAGAUAAUUUUGAUAUAGCUUGGCCCGUGUGGAGGGACACUGUGAUCGGUAAGCUGAACGAAACGUUGCAGAAUGCCACGUUGGCUAUUGAGAAACUUGAUAAACCAUUGCAGGUUAAAAUCCGAAACGAGUUCGAUGAGAUUACGUUACGCAUUCAUGAAUUGGAUAGGGGUGCAAAGAGCGAUGAGAAGGAAAUUGAGAUGCUAGGAAGAAAUGUUGAAACGCAUCUUGAGGAGCUUUAUAGAGACGUGGAACAUAAGGCUUUUGAACUCGAAAGAAAGUGUAUUCUGGGUAUACAAAAAUCGUUUAAUGAGGAUAUUCAGGCGCCUAUAAAUAUCGUUAGUGCGACAUUGGAGGAGGUACGUAAAAAACUAAGUAGAUGGGGGGAAAAGGCGCAGUUAAUUGUAACGGCGGCAAGAUACAAGGCGGAGCAAAUAUUAACAAAAAUAGACAAGAAUAAACAUUCAAGCACGGAACAUCAAAACGUCGUGUCGGCUGCAAAUGCCUUGCACAAGAAAGCCGGUAUACUUCUGAAGGCCAUAGAGGAUACUAGGAAGAAGGCAGCAGACGAAGUUACCGGAGCUCUCUCGGAAGUCGUGAAAACAAACAAUGCUCUACGGUAUGAGUUGAAUGGAGUGAAAGAAAAAAUUAUGGAGAAAGUUAGAGAUUAUGUUAAUCGGCAGUUGAAGGGGGUUGACCAACUUGAUAAAUUGGAUAAGAAAGUGAAAGAGGGAUUGGUGUCGCUGCAAAGCCAUAUUUUAGGUGAUUUGAAUACUUAUUUUGAAGGUUUGGGGGAAACUAUCAUUACCGCUGCCACUUAUGCAACAGAUCCGUGGGGAUCGGUGCCCAGGAAAGGGCUUCAGGCACUGGGUGAUCAGCUCCGAGAUACUGGACUAGGCACGUUACCAGAUGUGCUCACUAAACUCGCCACUGAAAAAACGAAUUCUGCUACCAAACUUUUUUCUAGUACUAUAGAAAAUUUACUAAUGCAUAUUAAAGAAGCGUCGAACGGGCAAUUUUCAGGUGGUGGCACCCUUACUAAUCCCACAUUCAAGGAGCUCACAGAAGCCAUUACUAGCGGGUUAGAAGGAGCUAUUAAAACCGAGGUCGCUAAGCACAUUGGUGACGAUGAGCUUGCGAUUUCUCCAAAAAUUGGCACCACUCUCAUGAAGGAAUUUGACGGGGGCGACAAGAAAGUCAAAACGUUGCUUGAAAGCGGUAUAGAGGGUAUGGUUACGGGAAUUUUGGAAGAAAAGAUUGGAAAGGGUGAAGAUACGGAUGACGGUAAAGUCACCAUUACUAAAGCCAAUUUCAGCAGCUAUUACGAUUGCAUUAAACAAGAUGGAUUUACCGCCAAAACAAUUCUAUCCGGCAGUGCGAGUGAAGGAACAUUGCCAGAUAAGAUUGGCAAUAUUAAGAGAAUUGUGAUUGCGGCAUUAUCUGUUAAUGAAGGCACUAAACCCAUAGACAGCACUGCUCUCAAGUCAGCCCUUGCAGCGUUCAAUAGUAAGUUUGAAAUUUUCACCGAUACUAUAAAGAAAUGUGUUGUAAAUGAACAGAGUAUGCAUGAUAUAGAGAAGAAAGGCGUUAAGGGUUUGCUCACCGAUCUUAAGACCAUGCUAACGGAAGAUAGCGUUCAAAAUCUUAAUUAUGAUAUUCAGUACGGCUUGACUAAACUUCAGAAAGAUAUAGACGGUAUUCUCGGCACAAAUGGCCGGGUCAACUCUGCGAACCUUGGAAAAAUAAUUGCCGCAGGCACUGAAUUUCACGCGAAAAAAAUUGACAAGCAUCUCGCAGAUUGCUUCUCCGACAUUGCUGCAUUUCUUGAAACGCGAUGUGAUUCUAAAAUAAACUCAAUAAAACAUGAAGCUCUAUAUCGCCAUCGCGAUGCUACCAAACAGCAGUUGGAAAUUUUGAAUAGAGGUGUUAGGGACAGGGUUGACGAUAUCAAAAGUAUUAUUGACACUGAUGUAAAAACCGGCGUUAAAGGUCUCAUGAGAUGGAUGGGAGGAGAGUUGGAUGCGUCUGGAGCUAAAAGUUCAACAAAUAAGCUUGACGAUCUAAAAACCACUGUAAUGUCAUCGGACAAUAUUUACGAAAAAUUCAAAAAAUUAUCGGAAUCAUUUAGAUAUUACUUUGGUCUUAUCUACAGGCAUAUUAAAUAUGAAGUCAACGACCCAGCCAAACAGCUAACCAAAAUCAAAGAUGCCUUCGACAAAUUACUUAAUCAUUUAAGUGCCUCAAAUAACUCUAAAAAGUAUAAUUAUGAUAAUAAGUUUGUUAAUUUACUCACCACCCUCUCCUCCUCCCUCACCGCUCUCCACCCCGCCCACUUCGCCAACCCCCGGCACCCGGAGCUGCUCGAUGCGGUCAAAAAGGGGCUGCAGGGGUUUGUCGAGCAGAUGGAGCGGGUGUAUGUGAACGGGUAUGAUGGGUCAGAAAACGUUACAUUUUUCGGUUUUAACACAAAACUGAUGACAGAUGAUGGAAAAAAUUGUGCUAAGAUAUUUUUUACAAUUCUGGAGAGGUUGUAUAGAGAUAUGGACAAGUUGAGAGAAACGUGUAGGACUAACUCCAACAAAAGUCAAAUUUGUUUGUAUGACUGGGAUAACAAUAAGAAAACAAGGAACGAUAACCCUCUAGGAAACUGGUUACAGCGUCGCGGUUAUGUAUUGUCUGCUGAUAAAGACACGCAAAAUGGUGAGUUAGACAGACGUCAUAAUGGUGAAAAAAUAAUUCAACUAAUUACGAAAAAUGGCACGCAUCUGCAAAAUAUGAACGCAAUUUUCGAAGUUGCAAAUAAAUCAAACGGUCAGCUUUUUGAUCUCCGUGGCCAUCUCCACAAAUACUAUGAAGUCUGCCAUCGUAAAUAUAUCGAGAAGCCAAAGGUGCCGUCAAACAUCUAUCAGAUGUUGCAAUGGCUGUCCGGGCUUUGGUACAAUCCGUCACGUGAUCCACUUCGCAAAUACUUUAGGACAUUGUUCCCUACGCCUGAUGAAUAUAAAGGUACAUCGCAUGAUAAAAUUCCCACCGACAAAUUGAUACUAUCGGCGACGUCAACGAUCAAAGCUCAGGAUUUGGCGACGCACAUGUUGGCACCUCUUUGUUUCUACUCUGAGAAAAUGCUGAUCACUAUCCUCGGUCACGGCCACUCGGGUGGCCGUUAUGCUGUUGACUUCAACACUAAUGCAGAUAAUCUGCUGUAUCCUAACAAAGACAGUGCGUGCUUCGAUAUGCUUGUUGAUAUAUUGAAUAGAGUCUAUCACCAACUGCAUUUCCUAUUGGCGCAAUGCCACAGCGGACCUAAGAGCGGUGGGUGGCGUGAUUGCUAUUAUGGCAACGGAGUUGCUGGAUCGGAUUGGCAGUGUAAUGACAAGCAAUGCCCCAAUGAAAGAGGUGAGCAAAAGCACAACCAAAACUGUGACCAAAAGUGUAACCAAACAGCUAACUGCGGAAUAAAAUCGCCACUUCAAUCAUUCCUUGAGGAUGGUCUGGUAGGCUUUCUACCGCAUCGACUAACCAACGUUGGAUGCGGAGUUAAAUGUUCGGUGACAAAUCAUAGAGGCCUUCCGUGUAAGACGCCAAUGGGAUUUGCAGACAUUGGUAUUGCAGCCUCACAUAUAAAAACAGGCGAAUAUAUGAAAAAAGCUCUCUAUAGUUUUUGCGGUCCUGAUUCUUACCUUCGUAAAAUUUGCGGCGCCAUAAACUGUCUCCUCCGACAGCCACCGCAGACGCUUGGCGAUAUGUUCAGUUUCUUCCAGGGUUACCUGUCAAACUGGAACGGCGGCGGUAAAAAGCAUAAACAAGAGGCAUUUGAAAGCGCUGUUAAAGAAGCUAACUUCAAUAAUGCCGGAACAAAAUUGAAUGUCACUUCCAUACAGCUAUCGAGUAACCAUAAGAGUCAUACUGCCGGUGAAUAUGAGCAUCCUACUGGUGAUCUGUUUAGUCUGCUGGAAUGCAAAGCAAAAUCAGCAUCGAAACCGAAUGUUCCCUGUGGCGCGUAUUUGCAGUCAAUCAGUUACGAUGUGCGUGUGGUUUAUUCUAAGGAAUAUGCCGGCCAUUAUUUGUCGUGGGUUGUCUACAUAUCGGAGACGUUUUGGGAUUUGCUCAAACAGUUGUAUGAACAGUGCUGCCGUAACUGCAAUAAAGUAGGGUCACGAUGUCAUGACAGAAGUUGUGUCAAUGAUUGUCAAGUAAACAAAUAUUAUGCUUCUCCGAAACCCGAAUACAUCGAUAACAUUAGGCAUGAAUAUGCUUGCGGUUCCAUUAUUAAUUGCCGCGCUACCCAUGCAGCUAUAUAUGCAUUGGGGUUCACUUUUGGUAGCCCACAUGAACUGAGCGGUGAAAAAGAGAGGAAAACAAAACGCACGUGCCAAGAUCUCUGCACCGCGCUGAAACACAUAUGCUCCGACGGUUCUGUGCUCGCACGACUUGUCCAUGAAUAUAUUCCCAAAUUCCUGUGGGAAAUCAGGGAGAAAUUCUUCUGGACCACUGUCGCACUCUGGCUCCUCUCUCUCUUGUACCUCAUCCACAUCAUGGUCAUCCGCCUCGAUCUCCUCCACAUCAAAUCGCAUUUGCACUCACCAUCAUCGCAUCGCAUCGCUGCUCAAUCACUACUUGCCGCGGCACGUGUUAACAAGCUUAACAGGGUGUUUUAUCUACAACCAUAA